AUGGUUGCCUUCAGCAAAGUCGCAGCUGUUGUCGCCCUUGCAGGCAGUGCCUCCGCCCAUACCAUCUUCCAACAACUCUGGGUUAACGGUGUCGCUGCUGGUCAAGAUAAGGGUAUCCGUGUCCCAACUUACAACGGCCCCAUCGAGAAUGUUCUCAGCGAUUCGAUCAUUUGCAACGGUGCCCCAAAUCCCAUGAAGUCACCAGCACCAGCCGACAUCAUCAAUGUCCCAUCUGGUGCUACUUUGACUAUGGAAUGGCAUCACGACCCAACCGGACCAAACCCAAAUGAUGCGUCCGAUCCCGUUGACCCCACCCACAAGGGACCUCUGAUGGUCUACCUCGCCAAGGUCGACAGUGCUUUGACCCAGACUGUUACUGGCCUUAAAUGGUUUAAGAUCUACGAAGAUGGUCUCGAUGUCGCCACAAACACUUGGGCUGUUGACAAGCUCAUUGCUAACAAGGGCUUCAUGGACUUCAAGCUCCCAAGCUGCAUCCCACCCGGAAACUACCUUCUCCGUGGUGAACUCCUCGCCCUGCACGGUGCUGGUCAAUACCCAGGUGCCCAAUUCUACAUGAGCUGUGCUCAGAUCAACAUCAUCGGUGGAGGGUCUGCCAGCCCACCAACCGUUAACUUCCCAGGUGCUUAUGCUGGAAGCGACCCUGGUAUCCACGUCAACAUCUACUACCCACCACUUACCAGCUACACCAUCCCCGGACCCCGCCCAUUCACUUGCGGCGGUACCGAGCCCACCACCAGCGCUGGCACCACUCUCCGAACCACCACCACCGCUGCUAGAACUACAACUGCGGUCACAACCACCGCCCGAACCACCACCGCUGCUACUACCACCGCCCGAACAACCACUGCCGGCUCUGGUACUGGAGCUCCUCUCUAUGGACAGUGCGGAGGUCAAGGAUGGACUGGACCUACAACCUGCGCAUCGGGAACUUGCAAGGUGUCCAACGACUGGUACUCCCAGUGCUUGCCGUAA